CUGAGGCUUGCGUCAACCGUGCUCAGAUCCAUGGAGAUCAAGGCGAAAGACGCAUGGGGCCUGCUGCUCGUGCUCCUUCUCGGGCAGCUCGUGGCCUUCUCCAUGGCCGCCGCCAGCUUCGCCUCCUCCCUCGUUGCUAAUCUUGGAAUCGAUGCACCACUCACACAAUCAUUCUUCGCAUACCUCCUGCUGACCUUAGUUUAUGUACCAAUCCUCUUGCGUCGACGACAGAAGUUGCGAGUACCUUGGUAUUGGUACUUGGCGCUGUCCUUCAUUGAUGUCCAGGGUAACUACCUGGUUGUCAAGGCGUACCAGUACUCGUACAUAACCAGCGUAACGUUGUUGGAUUGUUGGACUGUUGUAUGGGUCAUCGUACUCACCUGGUAUGCACUGGGCACAAGAUAUUCUUUCUGGCAAUUUUUGGGGGCUGGGACCUGCGUGUCUGGGCUUGGUCUUGUGCUCCUUUCAGAUGCGAAAUCUCCAGAUGAGCAGGAUCCAAGUAAAAUACCACUCCUGGGUGAUGCCCUUGUUAUUGCAGGGACAGUUUGUUUUGCAUUUAGCAAUGUUGGUGAGGAAUACUGUGUCAAGAAGAAAGAUCGAGUAGAAGUUGUCGCAAUGCUUGGACUAUUUGGGUUGCUUGUCAGUACAAUUCAGAUAUUUAUAUUUGAAAGGAAGAGCCUAGAAGCAAUUGCCUGGUCUCCAACAAUGUUAAGCCUGUUCGCAGGAUAUGCCAUUGCAUUACUUUCGUUCUACAGCAUUACUCCUUUUGUCCUUCAGAUGAGUGGAGCAGCAUUGUUUAACCUCUCACUACUAACAUCUGACAUGUGGGCAGUAACCGUUCGAGUGCUUUUCUACCAACAACAGAUAAACUGGAUAUACUAUAUGGCAUUCGCAACCGUAGCCAUUGGAUUGGUCAUCUACUCAUUAAAUGAGAGUUCUUCGGGCGAUGCGCCAACUGCAAGUACAGAAGCAGCAGCUCGAUAUCAACAACUUCCAAGUGAGGAUAACUCAACAGGAACGGCUUCUAAUUUGGACAGCCAAGAAAGUAAACAACAGGAUAUCUGUUAAAGGGUGGUCAACGUACAAAGUGACCUUCAUGGUUCCUUCUUCCAUAAAUGGCCAUAAUUUUGAUUCCUUUUUAAGGGAAGGCCAUAAUCAAAUACAUCGAAAGAAAACGUGCAAGAGUACAAACCUUGUGUGUUCCAUGUAUAUGCAGAACAUUACUUCUUCAACUGAAAGAUUAUUUUGCAUUAGGAUGGGCAUGAGGGCUCCAAAAUAUUUUUGGAAGCAACCAUCUCAUAAAUAGUAGCAAGUACUUUGUAACAAAGGAAUCAAAAGGAAAUUUUGGACUAAGGACUUGAAAACCACCACAGCUAGACAGUUAGUUCGUUUAAGUGCUACCAAAGCAGUAAAAAAAAGAUAAAAUGUAAGGGUACGUACAAUUGGAUGACGUCAGAUUUUUCUUAGAGAUGCCACGUAUGAUAAAAUCUGACGUUGAAAAGAAAUAAGUACUGGAUUUCAUCUUUUCUUAGCAUUUAUUUAGUUAGUUUUAUUUAUCUAAGAAUUAAUCAUAAGAUAUGACACUAAGAGAUAAUUCAUUGUACAACAUUUUUUUUCGUCUUUUCUAAAUGACAUGAAACACAUAAGAUAAGACCGUUUUAGCAUCCAUUGUACAUACCCUAAGAAAAGAGAGAAAAAUAAGAUGAGGUUCCAGGUUAACUUACAAAUGCAAAAGGCAGGGACAUGUUCUCUUUCGUUGUCUGAAAGAAAAAAAUCUAAUUGCAAAUAAGCGCAGGUAGGAAGGAAGACUUGCGUGGACACUGGACACUCUUUAUACAAAACAACCUAAGCUGUAACGGUAACUCUACAACUUUGAUUCAAGUGUCAUCUCAAAAUUGUCAAUCGUAACCCAAUUUUAUUCAAAGUUGUUGUUUCCAAAUUGCAGCUAAUAGUUCCAUUAACUGAGCAAAAGUUCUUCCAAUCCAUCGACCACACUGUGGUGUUUUCUUCACCAUAGUCAAAGAGUGGUGUUCAAACGUGGUGCUUUUCUUCCAUGCUGUUCUAUUAAUAAAAUACUCACUCUGUCCUAUAUUAAGUGACUCAAAUUUGUCCAAAUAUGAAUGUAUCUAUACACAAAAAGCGUCUAGAUGCAUGUAAUAUUUCGUCACUUAGUAUGGGACAGAGGAGUAGAAGAUUUUGUUCGUGAAUACGAUCACAACUCAUGUGAGGUAAGAGCCCACAUGCAACAGAUUACAGAUAUCUCAUCGAUGUUGUGCAAGCAUGCCUAUAGUCUACACCGACACUCCUUCGGAUCCUCUCCCUUUCUGUGUUGCCCUUCAAAACGACAUUUCCAUUUGAGUGUAACAAUCACCAAGUGAACGAAGUAGUGGGCAGCUGGCCUGCCAUGAUUGGCCUGUUAGGGCAUCAGGUGAUAUUAGAGUUGGUACUAACAUUUAUCUCCUUCCUCUCUCUCCUCUUUAAUUAUUAUUCUUGUACAGACAUGUCGUAUCUUUUUCCAAAGCAUUUUUUUGGUUUGGGUUCACUAGUCAUACUCACUUCUUAGUAUAUUGUUUUUAAGUAUGGCUUCUCGUGCCAAAGUAGUUUUACGACAAGAGACUGCUAGUACCCUUUUACCUGUCACAUCAGCGGAAGGUAUAAGAGAGAAGAUUAGUACCGGUACUGUACCCCACCCCAGGAGAUGCUCUCGCUCCUUUCCCGACAGUCGUUGCAAAGAAUCCUUGGAAUGAUUUUUGACAGAUCAGUCACGAGACACGAGCUCCGCUAAUUGCAAGAACCAGAUGCGUGACAGCAGAAAAAAAACAAUGGAGUGGUCACAGGAGUGAUCACAUAUCCUGCUUUCAAGUCUCAACUAACCUUGAGUCACGGGCUCACGGCGAGUCGGCGACUCCCUAUCUGGCCUUCCACAGUUCCACUCUCCUGCUCCAGCCUUCUGCUCCAGCUUACCCCAUAUACAAGCAUACAAAUCUUGCCUCCGCAUCUAAUCUGACCAGAGGAACCUGCUCAGACCCAUGGAGAUCAAGAUGAAAGACGCAUGGGGCCUGCUGCUCGUGGUCCUCCUCGGCCAGCUCGUUGCCUUCUCGAUGGCCGUCGCCAGCUUCGCCUCCUCCCUGAUUGCUAAUCUUGGAGUUGAUGCACCACUUACACAAUCAUUCUUCGCAUACCUCCUGUUGACCUUAGCUUAUGUGCCAAUCCUCUUUUGUCGUCGUCAGAAGCUGCGAAUACCUUGGUUUUGGUACUUAGCACUGUCCUUGAUUGAUGUGCAGGGAAACUAUCUGGUUGUCAAGGCGUACCAAUACUCAUACAUCACCAGCGUAACAUUGCUGGAUUGUUGGACUGUUUUAUGGGUCAUCUUACUCACCUGGUAUGCACUAGGCACAAGAUAUUCUUUCUGGCAAUUUCUGGGAGCAGGGACGUGUGUGGCAGGGCUUAGUCUUGUGCUCCUUUCAGAUGUGAAAUCUCCAGAUGAGCAGGAUCCACGUAAAAUCCCACUUCUAGGGGAUGCCCUUGUUAUUGCCGGGACAGUUUGUUAUGCACUUAGCACGGUUGGUCAGGAAUAUGGUGUCAAGACAACAGAUCGAAUAGAAGUUGUCGCAAUGCUUGGACAAUUUGGAUUACUUGUCAGCACAAUUCAGAUGUAUCCUCUCCAGAACUCAUUAUUAAAUACAGACUUGUAGAGAAAAC